CGUCGCCGCUGGCCACACCCAGUCUCGUCUCUUCCUGGUUCCAGGUUCCUUUACUUUCCCGCCAUUUCCAGGAGUUCCUGAGUAAAGAAUGGAUUGGUUUCAUUGCAACCAGUGUUUCCGGAAAGAUGGGGCACAUUUCUUUGUCACCAGCUGUGGUCAUAUUUUCUGUAAAAAGUGUAUGACUCUGGAAAAAUGUGCUGUUUGUGGAACUGCCUGCAAGCAUCUGGCUCUGUCGGAUAAUCUAAAACCUCAGGAGAAAAUGUUCUUCCGGAGCCCUGUAGAGACAGCUUUGCAGUAUUUUAAUCAUAUCUCUCAGGUAUGGAGGUUCCAGAAGAAACAAACAGAUCUCCUCAUCGCCUUUCAAAAGCAUAGAGUCACCAAGUUGGAAGCAGCCAUGCAAGAGGCACAGCAAACAAUGGCCAAGCAGCAAAAAGAGCUGUCCGUGUUAAAAAAGGAGAAUGAAGAACUGAAGAAAUACCUAGCCGUUCUAAAGGAAUCUCCAAGUCGGUACCAAGGAAACAGGUUGAGCACACCCCGUCCAGUGGCCAUCACUUCCCCAUCACAGUCAGUUACUCCUCGGCCCAGUUCCCAGCAGAGUAGCCAAGUGGUCAGUCGACCUUCCUCCGUGGAGUCCAUUGCUUACAGAGUGGCUGCCUUUGGUAGCAUGGGACAAGGCAGAGGCCUGCAGGGAAGGAGCACUCCCAGGGACUCCUACACUGAGACCCCUUCACCGGCUUCCUCCCACAGUCUGUCUUACAGGCCUUCAUCUGCCUCCUCUGGACAGGCGACUUUUCCUUUCAGAUCAUCCCUAAAUGAGGAUGCAGGCCCCUUCAGAGUCCUCACUCCCAACAGUGCUGGUGAGUUAAAUAACAUUCCCCAAGGAGGAACGUUAGCCCUUGAAUGAGGAUUCUCAAGGUGACAA